AAGUGGGGAUAACGACAGGGCAGGCAUCUCUACCUUUGAUUUCUUUUUCCAUGCUCCUCGACAGCAUGAGUAAGUUCAUGCCAAAAGUUACCUCUUUAAGUCGAUGCUGUAAUAGCGUCCACAGGUGACUCUGAAUCUGUUGGAUCUUUUUCCUCUUACAUCACUGAUUUUCCCCAAUAAGAUGGCAUAGUUCGCUAAGGGUAACUCUAUCGAGAGCAAAUGAUCGUCUUUUAUCAGAGAUGGUGGCUCAUAUUUGGAAAUAAUAACUGUACAAACAGCGACUAUAUUUACUUGAUACAUCGCGCUACUGGACGUUAUCUGAGCUCGGAUGAUGUAGCAUAUGAUGACGGCGUUGGACAACAGAGGGUAAUCUUAGCUUUUCCAGCUGCUUGAAAAGACAUCGAUGAAAUAGUACACUCAGGUGUUAACUUUGUAUGCUGGUGUUUCUAGUGAAGAUGAUAGCAAAGAUGUUUCCAUAUGGACGUUCAUGCCUUUUUAUCUCGAGGCGAAACGUCGUGGCUCUAAAGUUCAAUAUGACGAUAUUAUCCGCUUAAAACAUAUCGGCACUGGACGUUAUCUCCACUCCCAUUAUAUUCCUAGCUUUAUCUAUGGGCAACAUGAAGUGUCAGCCUUUAGCAACGGUGAGAGGCACGAAGACACCAAAUGGCGGUUUUUGGGACGUCACCUUUCUUUUUUGAAUGUUAUGCCGAGUUACUCACUCGCUUUGUGUGCUUCUACUGUGUAGUUUAAAAUACGG